GCUUGUUUAAUAUUGUUUUUGUUAAACACCUUUUAACACGGAACAGGAAUAUUUUGAAAUAAUUCUUUCGAGAUGCAGCGUUUUUUUAAUGCUGGUUUCAAAACAUAGACAGUUUAACAGAUUUGUUUUCAUACUACUAAACUUUUGAAUGAUAAUGCACAAUUACAAUAUCACUUGGCGCAACGCAUUAGUUCAAUGUCACCCGCGUAGUCAAUGACGCUUGAAGUAUCUUGAAGGAUAGUUCUUCAAAAAAUCAUGAGUAAAAUAAAUGCGUUGAAAUCCACGCUUUAUAUGAAAAUAAAUACUACAGAAGAUGUAUCCAGAAUCAGAAAUUGUUUCGAAAAGUGUGAUAGAGAACAGUUAUUAUCGUGGACGGAUAAGAAUGGCUACGAUAUUCUUCAUCAUGCUAUCAUGUCAGAGAACAUUGAAGCGGUUGGAAUAAUCUUUGCUCUUGGUCACUUUAAACCACCGCACGAGCCAAAAUUUCAUUCUUAUAUACAUCUGGCAGCAAACUUUGGAAACAGAACAAUAGUGGCUAUGCUUUUGCAAGAAAGACCACGCGAUUAUUCUACGAAGAAAACAAAAUUCAAAUGGGUUAAUCCUCCGACAGAGGCACCACAGUAUUCUUCUGAUGGAACGAGUAUGGCGACACCUCUAGAUGUUGCCGCAGAAAGUGGACAUGUUGCAUGUGUGAGAUCAAUUUUGGAUGUAUCUUCUGUGAAAACCAAGUUGGAAUUUGGAUCAGAUAAUCAUUUAUCUGCAGCAUGUGCUAGCAAUUCUCCUUCUGCUCUACGUCUGUUGCUCAAACAAAAAACAUCAUCUGAUGAUCUUAAGUCAGCAGUAGGCACAGCUUUAAAGCUUGCAAAUGCAGAAUGUUUAGAUGUUCUUCUAAGAUGUAAUCCAUCUCUGGCCUCACUUUUCAGUGGGAUGAACUUGUACCACGUACUUUACUCAUACAGCUUGUCAUUUAAGAAGGAAUGGUACGAAUCUCUACUGACAGUGACCUCUGUCUUACUUAAGUACAAGCAGAACCCUGUAGUAAAUAUCCCGUUUCGCACUUACCCCCUGUACAGUUUACUUAGCCAUACACCAGCCUCCGACUUCGGUAAAUCGUCUCCAUAUAUAGUAGCAUGUAUGGUUGUUCUACUGAAUGCAGGAGUUGACCCAAAUUUCAACGAGGUUAAGUUUGAGGCUGAACACGAAUCGUUGCAGAUACAAUCAGCGUUUGGUAGAUCUGCAUACCCAUCCGCGCUUCAUUGCCUUUACGACAAUGUAACAACAUUAGUUAGACACUUUGAGGAUGAUGCCACAAACAUUAAACGCUUUGUUACCAAGUGUACAGAAACUUUAUUACGUCAUGGCGUUGAUCCUUCAGUACGAGGCCCCAUAGGCGACAUGCCCAGUAGUUUGGUAGGAAAUGCAUUACAUGCAUUUUUGAAAGUUUCGAUAUUGCUUGGAUUGGAUGAACGCAGCAUUACCGUGUUUCGGCUGUUGAUGCAAAAUGGAUCUGAUCCGAAUGAAAAUGUGUCGGGAAAAUAUCCUCUUAACACAUUCUGUGACGAGAUUUUAACACAUUCUAAAAGGUUUGAAAAACUACCAAAAUCUGAAGAAACUGCACAGUCUGAAUACGUUAGAGAGGUUGCUGUAACCCUGCUAGACAAUAUGACAAUGUCGUCUGUCAGCAGCGCGUGCAAAGUGGAAUUUGGCGGGAAACCCAUUCAUGAACUACAGAAGAAACUUUUUAAAACAUGUAAAGACGAGAUGCAGAAGAGAUCUUCCACAGUUUGGAACUUAAAAGUUCUCUGUAGACUGAGCAUUUUGCAAGCAUGUGAAUGGCAAUCGACAAAGGUGGUUGAGCUACCCAUACCGACAGCGUUGAAAAAAUACAUAAAUCAUGUAGAUUAAGUUGUAUUGAAAGGGGCUGCACGUGAAAACCCGUAUGGCUAACGGUGAACUUUAAGCAUUUAUAAGGUUUGUUAUGGAUUGCUGUCUUGUUUUUAGAUAAGAAGUGUUUUGAAGUUGUGUUAAAGACAUUUGAGAAGAUUCGCAUUUAUGUGACUGACAGUCUGCAAAAAUAUUUAACUAAAUUGAAGCCAAAUAAUUUGCGACUGGACUACAUGUGUAUAUCUUUGCCUUGAAAUAGCCAUAUGAAAACGAAGUUUUACUUUAAAGCAUUUCGAAUUUUGUUAUCAAAGGACUGAUUUAUUUAUUUAAUGGCUUGGGGUAUUUCAUAAACUAUGUAUGGCCUAGAGACAGUAUAACAAUUUAAAUGCUGACAUAAUACAUAAUGUACUGUUAAAACGUUAAAUUUAUUCUGUCUUUAAAAACAGACAUUCGUUAAUAUGAUUUUGAUCACUUAAAAAAGUUAUUUCUUGAUUUUAUUCAUUAAACGAUUGUCUGAAUUUAAUAUUACACAUUAACCAAACAAAAGCCAACAUACAGGAUAGGUCUGUGCAUUAUUGUACAUAAGGAAGACUGCUAAAUCUGUUCAGUAAAUUUUUUGUUGUCGGUUGAAAUUUUUCUUUUCUGCAAACAACUAAAACCACACACCAAGGCAUUUAGAUGUUAUGCGUGUUCGAUACUUGCCCAUUGCCUCCUUAUAAGAGCAUUGCUUGCUGCUCUUGUAACAAGACAAUAAUACCCGUGUCCUCUUCAUGCUCGAUCUUUUUCCUAUCUGUAUGACCGCAAUAGAGUUGUAGGAUGUAUAAUUUUGCUUGGAAAAGGUGGUUCAAGUCAAAAGUAUACCAGAUCUUUUGUAAUUGUAAAUAAAACAUGAAAAAAGAAGUGUAAAAUACUAAG